AAAAUAUAAAAAAACCAUAAACAAUCCAACCUCUCAAACUCCCAUUAAUUUCUCUCUUCAAUCAAAAUCUUCCACGGCCACCAUGGCCGGAAUUUUCCUCUUCUUCCUCCUCCUAUCCGUCACUCACUCCGCCACCGCAAAACAAACCUACAUAGUUCACAUGAAACACCACUCCAAACCCCAAUCAUUUUCCACCCAUCAAGAAUGGUACGCUUCGAAUCUCCAAUCCAUCACCACUUCCCCAUCUGACUCCCUUCUCUACUCUUACACCUCCGCAUUCCCCGGAUUCGCCGCUUCUCUGGAUCCCCAAGAAGCAGAGUUUCUCAGACAAUCCGACGACGUUUUAGAUGUGUAUGAAGACACUGUUUAUUCACUUCAUACCACUCGUACUCCUCAGUUCUUAGGUCUCAACACAGAUUUAGGCGUGUUCGAUGGGCAUAGUACUUUAGAUAUAGAUCAUGCUUCUCAUGAUGUUAUCAUCGGAGUACUUGACACCGGUGUAUGGCCCGAGUCGAAGAGUUUCGACGACUCGGGUAUGCCGGAGAUUCCUUCUAAAUGGAAAGGAGAAUGCAUGUCUGCACCGGAUUUUAGUCCGAAACUUUGUAACAAAAAGUUGAUCGGAGCGCAUUAUUUUUCAAAAGGGUAUAGAAUGGCAUCUGGUGGUAAUAAUUACUUAAAGAAAUCUAAAGAGAUUGAGUCGCCGCGGGAUCAAGAAGGCCAUGGAACUCACACGGCGAGUACCGCCGCCGGUUCGCAAGUGGGUAACGCUAGUUUACUCGGUUACGCGAGUGGAACUGCUCGUGGAAUGGCCACGUACGCUCGUGUUGCGAGUUAUAAGGUGUGUUGGAGUACUGGUUGUUUUGGGUCGGAUAUUCUCGCCGGAAUGGAUAAAGCUAUUGCCGACGGUGUUGACGUGCUGUCGCUUUCUCUCGGCGGCGGAUCCGCUCCGUAUUAUCGUGACACGAUUGCUAUUGGUGCCUUUUCCGCGGUGGAGAGAGGGAUCAUUGUGUCUUGCUCCGCCGGUAAUAGUGGACCGGCGAAGGCGACGCUGGCAAAUGUGGCUCCUUGGAUUAUGACCGUUGGCGCCGGAACUUUGGAUAGGGAUUUUCCGGCGUUUGCAACGUUGGGGAAUAAAAUUUCUUUCGAGGGAGUGUCACUUUACAGUGGAAAAGGACUGGGUAAGAAACCGAUUGGUUUGAUUUACAAUAAGGGGAACGGUUCGAGUAAUUUGUGUUUGCCCGGUUCGCUCGACCCGGCAACAGUACGUGGGAAGGUGGUGGUUUGCGAUAGAGGAAUUAACGCUCGUGUUGAGAAGGGCGUGGUUGUGCACGACGCUGGUGGGGUUGGUAUGAUACUGGCGAAUACGGCGGAGAGUGGGGAGGAACUGGUGGCGGAUAGUCAUUUGUUGCCGGCGGUGGCGAUGGGGAGGAUAGCGGGUGAUAAGAUUAGGGAGUAUGUGAAGGGUAGUUCAAAUCCAACGGCUAUAUUGGAGUUUGGUGGGACCAAAUUGGACGUGCAUCCGUCGCCGGUGGUGGCUGCUUUUAGUUCAAGAGGUCCGAAUAUGGUUACACCACAAAUCUUGAAACCGGAUCUAAUCGGUCCCGGAGUCAAUAUUUUGGCUGCUUGGUCAGAAGCUGUUGGACCCACUGGUCUUGAGAAAGACACUAGAAAAACUCAGUUCAAUAUCAUGUCAGGAACAUCUAUGUCAUGCCCACACAUCAGUGGUGUAGCAGCAUUGCUGAAAGCUGCUUACCCAAGCUGGAGCCCAAGUGCAAUCAAGUCAGCUCUCAUGACCACUGCAUAUGUAGUGGACAAUACCCAUUCCCCAUUGCGUGAUGCUGGUAGCACUCUCCCUGGUGCAUUAUCGAGUCCAUGGGCUCACGGUUCGGGCCAUGUCGACCCACACAAAGCCUUAUUUCCGGGUCUAGUGUAUGAUAUCUCAACAGAUGAGUAUCUAUCAUUCUUGUGUUCUCUUGGUUACGCUAUGGAUCAUAUUCAAGUCAUAGUCAAGAGACCUAAUGUUACGUGUUCGAGGAAAUUUAGAGACCCGGGUGAGCUAAACUACCCGUCUUUCUCGGUAGUUUUUUCAAGUAAAAGGGUAGUAAGGUAUACUAGAGAAUUGACCAAUGUAGGCGAGGCAGGGUCUGUAUAUGAAGUGGCAGUGACUGCACCAUCUACGGUUGGUAUAUCGGUGAAGCCUAACAAGCUUGUGUUUAAAAAUGUUGGAGAUAGGCUUAGGUACACCGUAACUUUUGUGGCGAAGAAGGGUAGAAGAGGUGGAGGAAGAAGCGAAUUUGGUUCGAUAGUGUGGAGAAACGCUCAGCAUCAAGUUAGAAGCCCGGUUUCAUUUGCUUGGACACAGUUGUUAUAAGCUCUCUCUUUGUUUGUUGAAAAUGGGUUAUCACUUGUUUGCGCAGAGUUUGAUCAAGUAAAAAAAAAGUGCAAAUCAAUGGCAUUGAUGACAAUGAGAAAACCAGAAAAAACUAGAGUGGUUUUACGGUUCAGGUUGGCCUAGGAAAUUCAAUUGUUAUGCAAAUUCAAUUGUUAUGCAAAUUCAAUUGUUAUGCUAAUUAAAGGUUUACUAAUGAAAUGGUCAAUUUGUUUAAGCAUAAA